AUGAGAGCAGCCCAGAUCGAGAAGACCAAGCCCGUGAUUGCCUACUGGUGCAAUUUUCACAUAGUAAAUCAGAUCAUCGGACGAGGUCUUCAUAAUUCCAACGAUGAAAUUAAAAUCUACAUCACCAAUCUGGUGGAUAAGCUUGAGCAGUUCAAAAGCGAGCAUUCUGGCGAUGAAUUGGUGGUGGAUAGCGUCGCGGCGAGUGCACUGGUGAAGCGCUUUGGGUUGGAAGUCUUUGCUCGCGCUGAAGCUGCUAUGAACGCUCGAAAGGCGGCGGCUCUAUUUCUCGAACUACGUCAAAUCCGGGGGGCUCUGGACCCGGAGACUGCCGGAAGGAUCAAGUUCAGAAAGUAUCAUGCAGUUCGAAUUGUGAAGGCGAUCAAGAAUGGUGAAGAUCCUAAUGCGACGAAUCCUGUUCCAGAAGAGGAAGACCAAGAAUCAAUCGCCAGUCAGGAGGGUCGAACAUUCGAUGGAUCGGUAGCGGAACAGCCCUCUCCAUCCAGAGAGCCGCCAAUCGAGGGGAUCUCAGAAGAAUCCGACCAUCUAACAGGGCGGGAGCUGACCCAGCAGUUGUCUCUUGAUGAAUCGCUUCACACUUCCAGAGCUUCAUCACUUCAGUGGCCGCCUGCAACGUCGAAUUAUGAUAUUCCUUUCGUACUCGGCGAUAUCCCUGGUUCUCCUGCGCGAACAAAGGACAUCAGCAAUCCACAACCAAGAGACUUAGAACUCUCCUCAUUCCCGGGGAUAAUCCGGUACUCUUCUCCAGUGCCGAGCCUACCAGGUAUUCCGGGGGCCUCAACCUUCAGCGGAGCCGAUGCCUUGCGCUAUUCUCAUACCUUGCACCCAUUUCUACCACCAGCCACUAGUUCUUCAAUCGCCGUACCGACCCCAGCUUCGUUCCAUAAGCUAUCGGGCACUAGCUCUCUUAUUUAUACAGUCUGUCGGAACGUCGUCGUUACAGUACGGACUAGUACGGGAAUAGCCAAUUGA